AUGGGCCUGAGCCACUCUAAGACUCACCCUAGGGUGACAAGAGUAGCACCCUUACAGAACAAAAGGCAAGAAGCUCCCUCAACUUGCUCUGUGGACUUUGCAUUUGAUCAGAAUCUGGAAGAAAAGAGUUCACAUUCCUUUGCGAGACUUCAGGACCCAACUAAACCUUUAGGAGGGCAGCUACCACCUCUACGAGAGACUUGGUAUGGAAGAUAUGCUGCAGUACCCAGGGCCAUGUAUUUUGACAUCCCACUGGAAAAGGGAGAGACAAGUAUUAUUAAAAGGCAUCCACCCAGAAGACUUCAAAAGCUUGAACCCAGUGACCUGCCAGAAGUAAUUACCUCUGGAAAGCUCCUGAGCCAGCAAGAAGCUAAGACAACAUACAAAGUAAAGGAACUGGAAAAGAAGAUUCAAACACCAACAUAUAUUUCUGGGAAAAGACAACAUUUGCAUAAGAUGCAAAUGCUGGAAAUGACCCAUAAAAGACAAGAGGCUCAAAUGGAACUGAAAAAAAGUCUUCAAAGGGAGACAAGAAUCCAUAAACAAAAAUUGAGGGAACAUGAAGCCAAGAAGGUUCUUCAAAGCAUUCCCAGGAAUGAGGACUACAACCUAACCUGGUUGCCUGAUGAAACAGUGAACAGAAGUCCAGGAAAUUCACAGGAUGCAGAAUUUUUUAAAGAACCAGGAGGGCAUGGCUACUGUCAACGAAAAAUUGGCAAAAUGGAAACAUGGCUCCGUGAGCAAGAGGCCCGGGGACAGUUUUUUUGGGAUGGCUCUAGCUCUGACUCAGAGGAGUCAGGGAAAGAUGAAAAGAAAUCACGAGCUCUGGUGAGGACCAGGACAGAAAGAAUCCCACUUUUUGAUGAAUUUUUUGAUCAAGAAUAA